CAACCACAAUUUAAAUAAUAGUAAUAAUAAUAGAAUAAAUUAGCAGACCAAAGCAAAAACUUGUGUUUUAUCUGUUUUACUACCCACCACUGAAGACUUUCAGUCUUAAAUAUGUUUCCCAUAAGCGAAGACUUAAAAAAGAAAGUUUACGAAAGCUUUAACCGAACCGAGGUUAUGGUUAAUACUGACGCAGAAACAAUUAAGAAGUGGAUGAAAACUCAGCAACAUUUUCCGGAAGAGAUGGAUAAUUCGCAAAUCAAAAAUUUUCUCCUUUUGAAUAAGUUCAGUAUUGAGAAAACUAAACGGAAGAUUGACAUGUACUAUACGAUUCGAAGUCUGCUGCCGGAUUUCUACGUUACCAGCAACCCCAAGUUGGAAAACAUGCAGCAAGCGUUGGAUCAAGUGUGAGUAAAAAAAUAAAUGCGUACCUAUAUAAAAAAAUUGAGGCCAGCAUCUGCACUGAGCACUCUCUUUAUUCAGUAUUUUGAUAUAAAAAAUAUACAGAAUGAUUUUUGUUUUGAUCAUGUACAUGUGCACCUUUCCUUUUCCGUUAAAAGGAAUACACAGAGUAAUUUUACUAAAAAGCAAAAAACCGAACAUGUAUUCUCCUGUAGAAUACAUCAUGCUCUACUUUGCCAUGUUCGAAGUGCGUCUUUUUGAAGAUUUUAUGUACAACGACGUUCUAAUUAUCGAUAUUGAAAAUCUCGGUUUUGAAGACUUAACGAAAACGACUCCAACUGUGCUUAGUAAACAAGUUAUGUUGUAUAAGAAAGUGUACUCUUUUCGCUUGAAGAAUUUGUACUUUGUGAACGCACCCUCCUUCGUGUCUUCUCUGCUUACUGUUAUUGAAGCUGUGGUGAAGUCGAAAAUUUUCGAACGGAGAAACUAUGCCAACAUCAACAACGAUUUGACAAUCUGGACAAACUUAGGGUUAAUGAGAGACUCAGACCUGAGAAGCUGAACGACGAUGAACUUUUGGGGUUUUAUGGUCAGUCUGCAUUUUGCCAUGAGAGCAACGUUGGAGCAUUUUUAUUGGAUGUAAUAAAUUAACUGGGCGUGGUCGGGUACAUAAUUACAUACUUCUACUCAUCCUCACUAAUAAAUAAAUACAGAAACGUUAAAACUUCAAGAGUUUUUCUUGAAAAUUAAUGCAACAAUAUGUUCCACAUAGAUGCCGCUGUAAAAAAAACGGUCUACCAGAUGUUUGACCGGACUGAAGAAAUGGUCAACGAAGAUGUACACACUGUGAAAAAGUGGAUGGAAACUCAACCCCACCUUCCAGAAAUUAUGGAUGAGACAAUGAUCAGGAAUUUUCUAAAUUUAAACAAAUUCAGUAUUGAAAAAACAAAAGUGAAAAUUGAUAUGUAUUACACGAUGAGAAGUUUAAUCCCUGAACUUUACGCAAUUAGCAACCCAAAGUUGGAACGUAUGCAACGUGCUUUAGACAAUAUAUAUGUCUGUACGCACCCUACUCCCCUAGAAGGCACGCACAGAGUCCAUUUCAUAAAAUGGAAAGAAUCAAACGCUUUUUUUGCCGAGGAGUAUACAAUGCUGUUUUUUGAUGUAUUAGAAGUAAGAUUGCAUGAGGAUUUUAUGGUUAACGAUGUUGUAAUAGUGGAUUUUGAAAACGUUUCGUUGACUGACAUGAAACAGCUGACGCCGAGCUUGAUUUACAAACAAGUGUCUGUGUAUCAGAAAGUGUUUUCACUUCGUUGGAAAAGUGCGUACAUUGUGAACAGUCCACCAUACAUGACGGUACUGAUGGCGUUUGUAAAAACGGUCAUGAAACCAAAAAUGUUUGAAAGGAUGCACGUCGUGGCGGAUUCGAAAAUUUUAAGUGAGGUAUUUUCCGAGGAAGAAUUACCGAAGGAUUAUGGAGGUCAAGGUCCAUCUUUACAAGAACUCACUGACAUGAUGCGGCACAAAUUUGCUGAGCAUCAAGACCGGUUUGAUGCUUUAGAUAAACUGACUGUUGAUGAAAGUCGAAGGCCGAAAAAGUUGAGUAAUGAUGAUGUUUUGGGUUUCCAUGGUAAUUUCAGAAAACUCGAUGUUGAUUAAGAAUUUUGGAAAACUGUCUAAUGAUGAAAAAUGUUUUUUGGGUUGAGUGGUAAAUUAGAUAAAAGAUUUUGUUUUGUGCUUGGAAAGAUUAAAAAAACUUAAUUGCU